CAAUUUCAAUAAUCCAAACUAAAAUAUUUCUCUAGUUAUUUCUCAGCUCUCUUCUUCCCCAUGGCUGCUGCCAUCACAAAUUCUUCAACUCUCUUCUUCUUUUUCCUCCUCUUGCUUUCAUUCUCAUUGGUCGAUCACACUCGAGGUGACCCGAAUUACAGAGAUGCCUUGUCUAAGUCGAUAUUGUUCUUUGAAGGACAACGCUCCGGUAGGAUUCCGGCUAACCAACGGAUCACUUGGAGGUCCAACUCUGGCCUUUAUGAUGGUGAACUAGCUCAUGUGGAUUUAACCGGCGGCUACUACGACGCCGGCGACAAUGUGAAAUUCAACCUUCCAAUGGCAUUCACAACCACAAUGCUUUCAUGGGGAGCACUCGAGUACGGCGCGCGUAUGGGCACAGAAUUACCCAACGCACGCGCCGCCAUCCGUUGGGCCACCGAUUACCUUCUCAAGUGCGCCACCGCCACUCCCGGCAAGCUCUACGUCGGCGUCGGCGACCCCCACGUCGACCACAAGUGCUGGGAACGACCUGAGGACAUGGAUACUGUUAGAACCGUAUACUCUGUUUCCGCCGGGAACCCUGGAUCCGAUGUUGCCGCCGAGACCGCUGCCGCACUCGCCGCCGCAUCGCUGGUGUUCCGCCGGGUUGACCGGAAAUACUCCCGGGUACUAUUGGCGACGGCGAAGAAGGUGAUGCAGUUUGCUUUGGAACAUCGUGGGUCGUAUAGUGAUUCGCUUUCCUCUGCUGUUUGUCCCUUUUAUUGCUCUUAUUCUGGAUAUAAGGAUGAAUUGGUGUGGGGAGCAACAUGGCUUCUAAGAGCAACAAAUGAUGUUCAAUACUUCAAUUUGUUGAAGUCAUUGGGAGGUGACGAUGUGACUGAUAUCUUUAGUUGGGACAACAAAUAUGCUGGUGCUCAUGUCCUUUUGUCUAGGCGAGCGUUAUUAAACAAUGACAAGAACUUUGAUUCAUACAAACAAGAAGCCGAGUCGUUCAUGUGCCGAAUUCUUCCAAAUUCUCCCUACUCUAGUACUCAAUACACUCAAGGUGGGUUGAUGUUUAAGUUGCCAGAAAGUAACCUCCAAUAUGUGACAUCCAUAACGUUUUUGCUCACCACAUAUUCCAAAUACAUGUCCGCCGCCAAACACACAUUCAACUGCGGCAGCCUUAUUGUCACUCCCGCUUCCCUCAAGAACCUCGCCAAGAAACAGGUGGAUUAUAUAUUGGGAGUGAACCCAUUGAAAAUGUCAUACAUGGUGGGGUUUGGAAAAAGCUUCCCAAGAAGAAUUCACCAUAGAGGAUCUUCGCUGCCUUCCAAGGCCAGCCACCCUCAGGCCAUUGCCUGCGACGGCGGCUUCCAACCCUUCUUCUACUCCUACAACCCCAACCCCAAUAUCUUAACUGGCGCCGUCGUGGGUGGCCCCAACCAAAACGAUGGCUUCCCCGACGAUCGCACCGAUUACAGCCACUCUGAGCCUGCCACGUAUAUCAACGCUGCCCUCGUUGGCCCUCUUGCCUUCUUCUCCGGCAAGAAAUGAUUUGAUAUUACAUGUCAGAGUUUAGAUAUUUAUAGUUUCUUUAAAGUUGAAAGUUCGAUCUUUCAUCGUAGUAGUAGAUGAAUAUAUAUAUAUAGCUAGAUUGAUCCCCAAAGGGUGGAUGGUAAUCAGUCUUUUCCCUCUUUUUCUUUAGAAGUAUUUUAAUUUGUAGCUUGUCAUUGUUUGUCCUACCACCAAAAAGGAAUGUAACAAA